UAUUAUCGGCUGAGUGUAUUGUUAAUCAUUCAUAGCUGAUGUUUACUAUGUCUGAAGUACAUGUUAUUUCCCCUUAUCAUAUGCUUGCCAGUAGGAUAAGAAGCGCCUUAGGCCAAAUACAAGAAAGGAGAUAAAGAAAAUAUAACGGCUUACGAAUAAUAAUAUUUAUGGACUAAAUCUAAUUUUGAUUUAAAUCGCAAUCCGGAAGAAAUUUCGAGAGUCAAACUACAUAUAGUCCUCUGCGUCUCCGCAAACAGACAUUGGUACAAACGAACUCUGGUGGAUGUUAAAAUUGGGAGCCAGAAAUCAAUAGAAAUUGAUUCUUCAUCGUAAACGUUACAUUAUUAAUAUUCAUGUGUGCUUCAAUGCAUUUUAAUGCAGAAAAUGGUUCUGGUAAGUAAGGAACGAGUCUGUACAGCGAUAUGAAGAAUAUCAAAAGAAAACGGAGAUAAUCAAAAGUCAACGGUACUAAAUUCACUGCUUCUCGAGCCAUGGUACCAGUACAGCUGCUUACUUAAACUUGCGUGGACAUAUUCAACAGUUUAAAAUGGAAAGUAAAUCAAUUCUUUCUCAGGAAUUAUAUCUAUAUUUACAAAUAGAGAUCGGCACUCCAACACAAGUGGAAAUCAGGAGACAGAUACGGGAUAUUGAAGAAAUUAUCUACAAUUCAGCUUCAUCUACGUUAAUAUUACCUAAUAGAAGACAACCUACUUUUUUCCGAGUAUCAACUGGAAGUCAAAAGGAGGGAUUCCGAUUUAAGGCAUCCGACGCCGAUUUUCUGUACUGGUGGACUGACCAUAAAGUUAUUUGUCAUCCGAGACAAGAAAACCUAUACAACAAAGAAACAUUGAUUAUGAUGGAAUAUUGUGAUGAUAGUCCAGGAUCCGUCCUCCUUAAAGUCAAAAAGUGGUCCGAUUGGAGUGUUGUUAGUGAUAGUUAUGUCAUAUUGGAAAAAGGAACGUAUAUGUCAAGUUUAAAGUACAGAGAAUCCACUAAAAAUUUAGUAGUAAAAAAUUCCCAAACACAUGGACCUUGUGCGACCGGUCGAUUGGAUAAUGGAGUUUGCUUUGACAAUGCUCAUUCAUUGAAAUGUGAUGUUGUAUUAAAAGUAGCUUCUUUAUGGAUAAAGCGAUGCCAUACUAAAGGUUGGCCUGAUUCUACCGUAUUGCAGUAUGCCAGAAAAACAGGAUGUCAUUUUGUUCCCGUUGGCCGUAGAGACUCGCCAAACCAGGAUUAUGAAUGGCGAAUUUCCUUUAAUCUCAUUGAAUUGAAAUGUGUCGAGUGUAUGAACCAUGUUCAGUUUACCUGCUACGGCUUAUUCAAGAUUUUUCUCAGCAAAGUAAUAAAGCCAUUGAUCGAUGAUAAAGACCUUUUGUGUUCCUACUUUUUGAAAAGUAUCAUGUUUUACAUGAUACAAGAAAAGGAAGAAUCAUUUUGGUCUCCAGAAAACUUCAUCAAUUGUUUUUGGAAUUGCUUUAAACAUUUAAUAUUUUGCGUUUACAAAAGCAAUUUGCCAAACUUUUUCAUUCAGGAAAACAACAUGUUUCAAGGUAAAAUUGUAGGUAGUUCCAGAGAGAAGUUGCUUGAAAAACUUUAUUUGUUAUUUAACAUGGGUUAUUCAUGCUUAAGCCCAUGUGUCUCAGAAAAAUGCGUUUUACUGCAAAAAUCCAUCACUCCUCCUUACGUGUUAAGGGCGAUUAAUACAGAUUUCAUUUUAUUCAAUGAGAUUUAUCAAAAAGUAGGAUUAUACUUAGAGUUUGCUUUAUUACCAUUCCUGGAGUAUUAUAUGCUUAUCAUAAGAAAACUUUUCAAAAAGAAAACCAUGACACUUGUUCAAACGAUAGCAGUGCGACAGCAUAUUUGUGCGUUGUUUACUCACUUGGCGUUUAUUGUACUGCAAUCCGAAAAGACGAGUGGUGUUUUUAAAUCUGGAAACAUGUUAGAGGUUGCAGCCAAACACGGAUUCCUAUCAGAUAAUUUAUUUUAUGUGAUGUAUCUCUACAGAAAAUCCAGAUUUGAAAAAGCUCUCGGAUAUGCGUUAAACACAAGAAGAGAUUUAGAGGAACCUCAUGUUUUAUUUAUAAAUGGCUUUUACGAUGUGCAUGAGUUCAUAAUGUAUGGCAAAGACAAAUCAUGGUCAACACAGCUAAAAGAAGCUGUAGCUGUAGAAAUUGGUCUUUCUUGUUACGUGGCGUAUUUAGAUGAAUUAACUAUUGAACAGUAUGUUGGAGGGAAGAAAAACAUGUAUUUCCAUAUCCCCCCAUACGUGUUAACACUUUUUCUAAUUAUCCUUUGCAACAUACGACUUGGAGACAUAAAAGGCCGCGAUCAUUCCUUAUUCAAAUUGAAAGAUUUACUUAAUAGAGGAAGAAAUGUUCCUGUUGAUAUGAAAAAUAUCUCUUGGCAUAUCCUUGGGAUUGCUCAACAAUUGUCCGGGUAUUAUUCGGAAGCAUUUGAGUCCUACAGAACAUCUCUAACUCAUCCGGACAGAUGUGGGCUAUAUGAAGCUAAAAUUAUCAGAAUGCUGAUUGUCGUAUCUGAUUCAAGAAACAAAAACGCCCGAAUUGGCUUAAAACGUCACAAAGACAUCAAUUCAGAAUGGAAGGAAAUAAAGAGAAAAGACAGAGGAGAAGCUUUAAUUAAUCGGAAGAUUAGAGGGUAAAAAUGUUCGAGUUCGCCUAUGCCUAAACAUGAGUAUUCCAAAAUCAUACGUGAAGCAUUUCUGGAGAAAAAGCUUCAUAAGAGAUAAUGUUAUAAUCGGACAAAGAAAAUGUCCUCUUAAACACUUCUUAUGAGGCAACCUGUAUUUUUUCAUCUACACAGGUUUGAAUGAGAAAUUUGCUUGGUCACAUUAAAUAUUUAAGGAAAGGUGAAACAAAAAAUAAAGCUUCAA